AUGAUGACUACAACGGCUACCUCUGAAAACAACGACUGCAAAGAUACCAUGAAUCUUCCACAAUACUCGUACAUGUCACCUUUUAGCACUACAGCUUCUACCACUACACAACCACCCGAUUCGUUUUAUCCAAGCCAUCAUGAGUUUAUUCAUGAGCUGACAUAUCCACCUACGCCACCAAGUUCUUCUCAGCAACAACAACAACAACAACAACAACAACAUCAACAACCAUCACAACAACAAGUACAACGUAACAUACAAGGAGAAGAUGAAGAAGCAUGGCUUCCUAAAGGAUGGAAAACAGUUGGCAAUAGUCGACGUCGUUCUUUACUCGAGGUAGAGACCAACAUCCGAACACUUGGCGAGUUGUACCGCGCCUUGUCCGACAUCCGUAACCAACUUCCAAGUCCGGUGGCAACGGCUAUGGAAGAAGCUCAUGCAGCAGCAACAGCAAACAGACCAGCCAUGUUAGCUCGUGGGUCAUCCAACAAUACAGCUACACCUACUACACCUGGUGGUGGUUAUGAUCCAUGGAACCAUAUCAAUGGUGAUACUACACCGUCAAGCUUGCUGAAUAGCCCUGGUACAUUUAACCAAUUUGCACAACAGCUGAGCCAAUACCCUGCAUCUGUGUUUGAUGCAUUGGUGCGGCUGCACUUGAACUGCACAUCGUAUCGACGUACAAACAAAGAUCGCUUUCUUGAACAAUAUCGACAAGGACACGUGCAUGCAGGACUUGUGUGUGCCAUCUAUGCAUAUAGUGCAGUGCAUGGGAUGGUAUGUCAUCCGGAUCAAUUUGGGAUAUACCCAUUCAUGGACAAGCUGGCAGAGGAUUGCUAUCAACUUGCUCACGAUCUUGUGGAAUUCGAUCGACCCAGCAAAACCACCCUUGAAACCUUGAUCCUUAUGCAACUUUACUCGGCUGCCACCAGCAGCAGCAAACCCACUCAACAAUAUUCCAUGUCCUUGGCAGAACGACACAUGUGCAUGGCUGAGAAAAAUGCAACUCGAAAAGAGGACUUUGCAAGACUCAAAGCAUGGAUGUUGCAAACCGAUUUGCUAUUAGCGAUGCGUACCAUGUCGCCACCUGUGUUAUACAACAAGCAGCAACAACAACAACAGCCGCUGGUUCGGUUACGCCCUUUAUCAGAAGACGAAAGAUUACCACUCCUUGCUCUCGAAAUAGAACUUGAAGGUCUUGCUCGAAUCAGCCAACAUGAUCAUGAUUUGGGAUCCUGGCGUGAUAAGAUUCGGAAAAACUUUCCAUAUACCAAUCAUCCACAUCCCAGUGAUAGCACAUCUCGCCUUGUCAACCGAUAUGCGUUACGCUUGCACGCACUCUUUUUCGCUGGCAAACUACAAAUUCAUCAAUCCAAUAUGAUGCAGUCCCUUUCUCAGCAUAAUGAUCGUGGAUGGUCAGAUUACUUUACCGAGUUGCCUAGCAACAACAAUGACAUGGCAACAACCAACCAAGUGGAAGCAGCCCUCAUGGAAAGUAUGCGUGCAGGAUUUGGAUUGGUGCAGAUCGUAUGGACAUUGUUCCAAGCCAAUGAUCGUUGCAUGAUUAUCGAGUUGAUGGAUACCUUGUCAGCGGCAUUUUCAGUGUUGUACUAUGGUAACAAGAUGGUGGAGCGUGUUCAUGUUGCAUGCCAAGAAGCAAUGGUGGGCCUACUUCAUGCAUUCAUGUCAUCACCCUCCAUGAUGCAAUCCUCCGGUAUCAGGCAAUUUGUACAGAAAUGGCAGUGUGUUCUUCCAUCCAAUACCCAAGUUUAUGCGUAA